AUGUGUGAUCAUCCCCCUGAGGAUCGUGACGGUAUGCCCGGUUGGGUUCAUUUCAUCCACAGUGUUUUGGGAGUGAAAGUACUGGUGAAGGGGUGCAUUGAUGCGACCGAUUGCAUGCCACCAAUGAGGAAACACCAAGUUUCAAUUACUUGGUUGACGAAGUAUUUUAGAGACCAUUACGAGAGUCAUCCCCUAACCGAGGAAAGUCCGGAGGAUGAGAAGGAGAGAUAUGCUCGUGUCUAUCUCAUAGGCAUGAUCGGAGGAGUGUUCUUCUCCAAAAAAUCAAGCAAUCUCCUUAGUUGUGGAUGGCUUAGGAUCAUCUUCGGUAGUUGGGAGGAGAUGGGGGAGUAUAGUUGGGCAUCCGCUUGCUUAGCUAUGAUCUACCACAACUUGUGCAAUGCGUCUCUAAAAGCUGUGAGGGAGGUCGGCGGCGCAAUGUUCAUCGUCCAAUUUUGGGCUUGGGAGCAUAUGCCAUGAAUUGCACCGGUCCAACGUCCCGACAGGGAUUGGCCAAUCGAUCAUCCCCUAAGAGGUGAAGCUUAUGGUACAAGGUGGCUCGGACACACAACAUGCGACAACCUUGCCCAACACAAGUUGGACGAGUAUCGGAGGAGGUUUGAGUGACUUUGGGAAGGAGAGGUAACUUCUAUACUU